AUGGGAGAUAACAAAAAUACAAACGAUCAGGAAGAUAUUUCCGCAAAUGCUGAUUUUUCUACGUAAUCUAAUGAAUCUCAUCAUCUUUCACUAGCGCUAAAUUCGACUUAAGUAGAACCAGAGUUUAUCCUCAAUAUUAUUGAAGGUCUGAAAUCUUAAAAAAGAUUCAAGGAUGUGUCUUACGUUAAAGUAAAAUAGGAUUCUGUAUCUCUUAAAGCCUUUGAUAUUUCAUUUAACUCAACUGUAUUUAUUAAAGUAAAAAAAUACUAAAAUAGCCAUUUUACUUAUGAGAAAUUGGAGUUUCUUAAACAAUUUUCUCAUAAAAAUCCAUAAUUCAUUGUUUAGAUUAUUGAUUUUUGGCGUUUAGAAUAGGAUCAAUACGGGCUUUUAUUUUAAGAAAUCGAAUAUUUGCCAUAAAAUAUAAUAGAAUUUCUGAAUGAGGGAAUAUCUUUAAAUUAAAAUAUUUUAGAAUAAUAAAAAGCAGAAAUAAUUAUCUAAAUAAUUCAAACUAUUCAAUUAUCAGAAAAGAUAUCUAAUGGAGUGAAUUUAAAAUUAAACUUACAAUACUAUUUGAUAAAUGAUUACAAGCCUAAGCUAUUACUUAAAGUUAUAGAAAGUGAAAAAAUUAUAGAUGAUGAAAAAAUUGAAUAAAAUUUAAAUGAUAACUUAAAGAAUAGACUGGUAGCUAUGAUAGAAUGUUAAUAUCAAAGAUUAAAUAAUACUUAGGUUGUUGGAAUAUUUAUUCUUCUUAUAUCAAAUUGGCAAAAUUUCUGUAAUCAAUAUAUUAAUAAUAUAGACGAGCUUACACUCACUGAUUAUAUAUUAAAAGGGGAAAUUGAAAAUUUAGUGAGUGUUGAUAAAUCUACUAUUUACUAUUAAUUAUAUUAAAAAAUCAUGAAUUAAAGUAGUUUAAAUACUAAAAGCCAUAUUGAUUUACAGGCGCUAAUAAAUUUACUUUAAAAAAAUAAUACUUAUGAGUAGACUUAGUUUGAUAACACUGUAUCUAAAAAAGAAUAAAAAAAGAAAGAUAUUUAUGAUGAUAGUGAAGACGAUAAUGGUGAUGAUAUAGAGUAAAGUGAAAUAAAUACUUACAACAAUAAUCAUAAAAAUCAAAACAAAAAUAUAAAAUUAUAAAUUCUCAACCCAAAUGUUAUCAUUAAUAAGUAUAUUAGCUCAAUUUCUAAUUGUUAAUUACCUCUGAAAUAACAGAAUUUAGACAAUAAUUAAAGUAAUUAACCUGAAAAAAAUUAGAGUCUUGUAAAAAAUGAUAAAGCUGAAAAUGAUUUAAAUAAUAGUGAAAAAGCAAAAGAAGCAGAUGUCAAAUAAAUCAACUAAGAAGAAAAAGUGAUUGAAAUGGAAGAUCUUAAUUAAAAUAAAAUUGUAUAAAAUCUUUAAACAUCUUAUAAAUUUGUGAGUUAAAAUAACUCAAAAGUCAUUCAAUUAAAUAAUAAUCAGAGCUAAGUAGAAAAGGUUAUUGUUUUAGAAGAUUUUGAAAAAACUCCAGCUCAGUCUAAUCUUUUUGUUUCUCAAAAGAUUGAUUUGAAAAAUACAUCUAAUGUAGUUUAUUUAAGCAAUUAAAAGGAAAACUAACAAGAUAAACCCUUAGUAGUAGAUCUUCAAGAAACACCUUAAAAUACAAAAAGAGUUUCGGAAUCAAAUUAAAAUCAAUCUAAAAUUAUAGAAUUUAGCAAUAAAAAAGAAAAUGAAGAAAAUAAGAUAGAUAUAUCUUAUAAUCAUAAUAAUGAUAUUGUUCUUGAAAUGAAAGAAGUAGAUGGUUAUGGAAUUAAUAAUGCAAGCUAAUAAAAAAAUAUCAAUAAUUCAGAUGAAGCUUAAAACCCUUUAAAUAGUUAUUAGAGAUACCUAUUUGAACUUGGGGUAGAGUGCGAGGAUAUAUCAGAAAUAUUUAUUAUGGAGUACAAUGAGCAGAAUGGGUGUUGUCCUUCUUAACUUAAUUGUGUUUAAGCUAUAUCUUAUAUUAAAUUGAAACUCUUUUGUAUUAAUAACCCUCUCCUAGGAAAGAAGCUUUUGGAUCAUAUUUUUCUAUGGUUUGUUAAAGUUGUGAAUCUGAUUAUCAUGCUUUUACUAGUAACUCUUUAUUUGUGUAUUUUACUUGUGAUUUUGAUUUUAGUUCAUGCAAUAUAUUAUGCUACACUGAUUUCUUUAGGUGUGUUGCUAAUACCAUUUGGACUUACUAGAUACUUUAUCAGAAUUUAUUAUUAAUUGACUGAUUUUAAGUCAAGUAUAAUAUACUAAAGAUAAAAUUCAUAUACUUGGUUUGAAUAUGACUCUAACUAUUCCACAGCUAGAGAGUUUAAAAAUUUCUGCCAUAAAAUGAUGCAUAGGAGAUAUUAAUAUUUAUAAUCACCCUCUAAAAACAUGGCAAGCUUUUGA